UUCCCAAGGUAUCAGACAUCAUGAGUUUUGAGUUUUCUGUCUAUACUCUUCACAAUUUCGUAAGAGAUAACCUCAAGUUUCCCAAAAAAGAUGUCGUUAAAUUGGAUUGAUUUAUGUUCUUUGGCAGGAUUGAAAGGGAGACUCAACUAGUUAUUUACAAAAACCUUUUGAGAGACUAAAAAUCCUUUUAGGAACUUAAGCGAGACUUUUUCUAUAAUUGGGGGACUUGUUUAAGCUUUGCCUCGCGGCAAGUUCGAAAAUAUCGUUAACGAGUUGCCAAAACGGCGGCUUUUUUAGGGCAAUUUUUGUCAAAGGGAAAAAAAUUUCAGCCAAGUGCACCCCAAAUAAAUCCUAGCUACGCCUGUGGCUGAGAUCUUGAACAGAGAGUUGAAAAUCAGAAUGGCGAAGCGAGAUUUGUCGGGUUCGGAGCCCGAUGAAAGCGAGAAUUCAAGUUCGGAAGAAGAAGGAGAAGUAGUAGGGAAGCUGAAGGGGAUAACGGAGUAUGAGAAACAGAGACUGUCGAGAAUCGCAGAGAAUAAAGCUAGAAUGGAGGCUUUGGGUCUUAAUAAAAUGGCAUCUACUUUGAUGGGUUCGGUUCAGAAAUCAAGGCAGCGAAAAGGGAAACAAAAAUUUGUUGAUGACGAGGAAUAUAGGCCCAUUGAUGAGACUGCUAGUGAUGACGAUGAUUUUGAUGAUGAAGAUUUUGUGGGAGGUCAAUGUUCUUCGAAGUCGGGGAGAACUAAGGAUAAGAGGAAAAGUUCAAAACCUAAAAAAAUUCCUGUUCAGAAGCAUGUUAGUGGUGCAGAUUACAUUUAUGGGGAUGAUGAUGAAUUAAUGCAGGCAAUUGCUCUGUCAUUGCAUGAUUCUGUGAAUGAUGCAACUCCUAAAGAAAGAAAGGUAGAUGCUCAGGUUCAAGAAGAUGCAGGAAAGAGGAAGAGGAAAAAACCGCAGUUCAGUAGUCGGGUGCAGAUGACUGAGGAUGACCUUAUCUUGCAUUUCUUUCAGUUUGAUGAGGCAGGAAAAGGGGCCAUAACAAUGAGAGAUAUCCGAAGAGUAGCAGUUGCUCAUGAUUUUAUAUGGACAGACAAGGAAUUGGCUGAUAUGAUACACUGCUUUGAUGGUGAUGGAGAUGGGAAGCUAAGUCUUGAUGAUUUUUGUAAGAUUGCUGGUCGAUGCAACAUGAUUCAGAGUUCUGAAAAUCAAUGAUGGAUACAAUAUUGGCAUCACAUUCAUUGUGGAGAUAUGUGAGGAAAUGCAUCUCUGACUCUUCAUAACUUUCUGAGUUUUUUAUUGUGUUUCUAAGGUACUUUCUGUUUUCUUUUUUGUCUUUCUAAGUGAUGGCUUCUUUAAGAAUUUGUUCUGAUUGGCCUUUUGCAGAUACAAUGUGCAUCUGGGCUAUGUAUUAAAAUGUGAAGAAUUACCUUAGCUUCCCGCAAUGUUGUAUAUAGAUGAUGGUAUAAAUUUUCUCUAAAAGCACGUUGUUUAUAUUUUCAAUUCUCUGUAAGCAAAGUAGAUGGAGUGAGUUUUCCAGUUCGGUAGGCCUUUUAGCGUUUUGGUAGGCUGACUUUUGGCAGCUAAGAGUGCAAGCAUUCUCCUUCUGUAUACAACAGCAUCAGCUGCAAACCUAUAAUACAAAACAGAUCCUUA